AUGCCUAGCUAUUCAGAGAUCAUCCAAGAAAUUUUCAACGAAAUCAACGUUCUUAGGACCAACCCACUAGAAUUUGCAGAGAAAGUUGAAAAAAUCCUGCCUCAGUACAAGACAAAUAACGCCAGACAUAGACCUGGAGCUGUUCCUGUUAUUACAAGAGAAGGGAAAAAUGCAGCAAUAGAAGCGAUAAAUUUAUUGAAAAACACUGAGCCGCUGAAUGCGCUUAAGUGGUCAGAAGGAUUAGCGAGGGCUGCACAAGCUCAUUGUAAUGACUCUGGAUCUCUGGGGAUUAUAGGACAUAUAGGAAGCAGAGAAAACUCAUUGCAAGACCGCUUGGAGCAUUUUGGCAAGUGGGACGAGUGUAUUGCUGAAGCACUGGACUAUGGCUCUGUUGAUGGCUUUGAGGAGACUAUACUUAUGAUGAAUAAAUAAUGCAUUUAUAAGGGAAAAAAAUAGAAAAUUAAUAUAAAUCAGACUAUUUUGACCUUUUUAAUAGAUGACGGGCUGUCAUCAAGACCUCAUAGACAGGCAUUAUUAAACCCGAAAUUCAAUAUGAUUGGGAUCGGCUUUGGACCACAUUUGGAAUAUAAAAGUAUAGGAUGUAUUGUAUAUGCUGGGGAUUUUAAAGAAAAAGAUGAUAUGGAAAAUGUGGAAAUCCCUGAUGGAGAAAUAAGGAUAAUUCCUGAAGUCUAUGAUUGGCUAGAUGGAGCUGUUAAGGUCACUUGCGAGGUUAGGACUGAAAGUGAUGGGUCAAGAAGUGUUAGAAAAGUAAAAAAACACUGGGAAAUGGCUGAUGGCUCAACCCAAAUCACUGAAGAUACAGUUAGGACACAAAGAAAUCCAUCAUCAGCUUCAGAAGAUUAA